AUGUCUCUCCCCACGACUUCACCGUUCAAUCCUGACGGCACUCAGAGAGGUCGCCGUCACUCUAUUUUUGCAGACUUUAUUCCCGACGAUUUAGCAUUUCCACCGCCAUUCAUCGACCCGGCUCCGAAUGUGGAGGAGAUACUCAACAGAGACAUAGACGAGUGCUCUUCUGGCGACGAACAUCGCGAUGAAGAAGCUGUCGAGGACCCGCGAUACGUCGACGAGUCAGAUCUACAGCUGGCAUUUCAUCCCAACGGCAUAGCAUACGGCUCAGGCUUCUCGACAGUUCCGCCCACUAGCAUCGACAUCCCCGCGCCAAACCCACACGACUUUGAGCAAUCCUACCGUGCAGAGGUUUCCCUUCUUCGCGAUAACGACGUUAUUCCCUCGAAAACCCCACCAACAAAAUGGCAUGCUACAUUUUGGGGACGCUUGUAUCGCCACAUUUUCAGCACGCGCGUUCGUGAUCACGAUAGACCGCUGUUCGCGGCUGAAGACUCGGGCGAGACAACACCGCUUCUGCGCGACAGGAUCGUGCGCUUUGAUGGGAUACCGCCGACACCAGGACCAGAUGAGGUUCACAAGCGAUGGGAGGAGGCGCUUGCUGCGAAGAAGCUCGAAACAACAUGGCAGCGCGAAACUAAGACAUUGAUCCAAUAUGCUGCACCUCUGAUUGUCACCUUUUUGCUUCAUUACUCUGUCACUGUCGCGAGCGUGUUGACUGUCGGGCGGUUGGGUAUGGAAGAGCUGGCUGCCGUCAAUUUGGCCACAAUGACAGCAAGCAUCACAUACUACGUGCCCGUCCAAGGCCUAGCGACAUGCCUCGAUACCCUCUGCGCCCAAGCAUACGGCUCCGGCCACAAACACCUCGUCGGCCUCCAGGCUCAGCGCAUGACAUGGCUGCUCUGGAUUCUCAUGCUCCCCAUCGCUGUGCUAUGGUGGUUCUCCGAACCCAUCCUCGCCGCAGCUGUCGGGCCUGGACGUACAACCGCACUGGCGGCCAUGUACAUGCGCAUUCUUAUUAUUGGUAUGCCCGGCGUGUCCGCAUUUGAGAGCGCCAAGCGUUUCGUCCAGUCGCAGGGUCUAUUCCACGCGACUACAUACACGUUGCUCGUCGGCGCUCCUCUGAGCUUCCUGCAAAACUGGUUGUUUGUGUUCAAAUUCGGCUGGGGAUUUAACGGCGCGGCUAUCGCUAUGGCCGUCACGCACAACCUUCUGCCUCUUCUUCUUAUCCUAUACGUGCGCCUGUUUGAGGGAUCCGAGUGCUGGAAGGGCUUUAAUCGCAAGGCUUUUAGUAACUGGGGACCAAUGAUCAAACUGGCGCUUCCAGGAAUGAUCAUGAUUGAAGCUCAAUUCUCUGUCUUGGAGAUUCUCACCAUCGCUGCUGGCAGAUUUGGAACAGCACAACUUGCUGCACAGGGUGUUCUCGUGACUAUCACGUCGACGUCGUUUAAUAUUCCCUUCCCUUUGGCUAUCGCGACAUCGACUCGGGUGGCCAACCUGAUCGGCGCGAACCUGAGUGGUGCCGCACGAGUUACUGCGAAAGUGGCCAUCUUCGCUGGACUCUUUGUUGGUCUGUUCAACUUGACCAUGUUUAUCACUCUGAGAAAGCAACUGCCAAACAUUUUUACAGAUGACGCGCAGGUCAUUGACAUCGCGUCCAAUGUCAUCCUAGUAUGCGCCGUGAUGCAGAUAUUUGACGCUCUAGCAGCUGUCUCGCACGGUCUUUUGAGAGGCAUCGGUAGACAGGCCAUUGGAGGGUAUGCCAACCUGUUCUCAUACUACGUCGUGGCCUUGCCUAUUGCACUUGGCACCAGUUUUGGACUGGGAUGGAACCUGGCCGGUCUUUGGGUUGGCUUGACAGCCGGUCUUGCUGUUGUAUCGGGUCUUGAGGCCAUUUAUCUGUACUUUACGGAUUGGGAGGCUGCCGUGGCGCAGGCUGAAGCGAGAAUGAGAACGGAAACUCAUCGCAGACGAUCUUCAAUUUCGGCUAGAUCCCAGUGA